CGUUCUAGAAAGAUAUCUAGAAUUCAGUACCGGGCGCUGUCCAAAAUUUAUGCUGCCGCGUCGCGUCGAAUCUAUGAUGCUCUGUUCGUGGUGCUGAAAUCCUUUGCGCUCUUGUUCUCUCUCCUUUUCUCUCUGUCCCUCCCUCCUUCCAUCUCUCCUCUCUCCCUCCCUUGGUCCUCUUUUACAUUCACAAAACCCUCUGUCAUGGCGUCUUCCAACAAUGUUACCCCCACCAACUGUAGCUGGUGGCCCAUCUCAGCCAUGGAUGAAGACGGUGAAAUAACAGAUAUGGAGAAAAGCGAAGAGACAGCUAUAGAGUCGAAACCUAAUUUCUCUAAAGACAAGCUUGUUUUAUAUCACUGGACGCAGUCUUUCACCUCUCAAAAGGUGCGUCUGGUGAUCAAUGAGAAGGGUCUGCUGUGUGAAGAGAGGGACGUAAGUCUCCCUAUAGCCGAGCACAAGGAGCCCUGGUUCAUGAGGCUCAACCUGGGGGAGGAGGUGGCCGUCUUCAUCCACGGAGACACCAUCGUCUCAGACUACAACCAGAUUAUAGAGUACCUAGAGGCUCAUUUUGGGGGAGAAACGGUGGCCCAGCUAAUUCCCGAUGCUGGCUCUCCACUCCACGAGCGUGUGCAGCAGUACCGUGAGCUGCUGGACGGCCUGCCCAUGGAUGCUUACACACACGGCUGUAUCCUGCACCCAGAGCUCACCACCGACUCCAUGAUCCCAAAGUAUGCCACAGCUGAAAUACGUAGACACUUGACCAACGCUGCGUCUGAGCUGAUGAAGCUGGACCAUGAGGAGCCCACUCUGACAGAGCCAUACCUCUCCAAGCAGAAAAAACUCAUGGCAAAAAUAUUGGACCACGACAAUGUCAGCUACCUGAAGAAGAUCCUUGGCGAGUUGGCGAUGGUACUAGAUCAGGUGGAGGCCGAGCUAGAAAAGAGGAAAAUCGAGUAUAAAGGUCAAAAGUGUGAGUUGUGGCUAUGUGGACCUGAAUUUACACUAGCUGAUGUCUGCCUGGGAGCCUUGUUGCACAGGCUUAAGUUCUUGGGACUCUCAAAGAAAUACUGGGAGGACGGCAGCCGACCCAACCUCCAGUCCUUUUUCGAGCGGGUGCAAAAACGCUACGCUUUCCGCAAGGUUUUGGGCGACAUCCACACAACCCUCCUGUCAGCAGUUCUACCUAACGCAUUCCGAAUGGUAAAAAAGAAGCCGCCAUCUUUUUUCGGGGCCUCUUUCCUCAUGGGUUCUCUGGGAGGGAUGGGAUACUUUGCCUAUUGGUUUUUAAAAAAGAAAUAUGUGUAGUGAACGCCACCACCUCCUUGUGUUAAAUGUCUGUGUAUUUGUGUGAUGUUUAAACUUUUCUGUAAUGUUUUACGACAGCAGGAAAAUAUGAAUCUAUAUAGAGAACAAUAUUACUUACCUGGGUGAACAAAGAAUAUACAAACAUUCCAUACACAAAGGAAUUCUUAACAGCAAAUUUUUCUGGUAUUCAAUGCCUUCAUCUAUUUAAUUUCUGGUCUAUCGAUCAACAUGUUACUUUCUCAUUAGCUCAUUUUGGAGACAUGCUUUAGGUUCAGUUAUAUUGAAUUAUCAUUAUGGUCAUAUUCCCUACACAUGAGAGAGCCAGACAGAAUGUUUUGACAUUGCAUCACCAUACCCAAAGUGGGGCUCAUCCACACCCUGCAUGUACUAGAGUUUUAUUAAAGGGAUAUUUCUGGAUUUUGACAAUGAGGUCCUUUAUCUACUUCCCAAGAGUCAGAUGAACUUGUGGAUACCAUUUUUAUGUCAACGUGUCCAGUAUAAAGGAAGCUUGAGGUAGUUUCGCGAGCCAAUGCUAACUAGCGUUAGCACAAUGACUGGGAGCUAACAGA